UUAUCUUACAAUCCUUAUGAUUGCUAUCCCUUCUCAUUGGAUAACCUACAAACUCUCUCCUUGGUAGAUCCACAGUCUUGUGGUGAUUUCUUGGGUGGGACUCGUAAUCUCAAAAGGCUAGGAUUUCAGGGACAUGUAGAAUGUGGAGGAUGUUUGACAUUUCCUCGUUUAGACUCUCUGAACAAUCUCCAAGAGUUAAGAUUGUUUAAUACUAUAUGGUAUUUAGAUACUGGAAUAAGGUCAAACAACCUUGGAGGAAUUAAGUUCCCAUCAAAUCUUAAAAAGCUGACUUUGAAGAAAACCUAUCUAGGUUGGGAUGAGAUGUCAACCCUCAGCAAGUUAUUACCCAACCUAGAAUGUCUAAAGUUAUUAGAAAAGGCUUGCAAUGGACAGAGUUGGGAAACGAGUAGGGAUUUCUCUGGACUGAAGUUCUUGAAGCUUGCAUCUCUUAACAUUGUGUGGUGGAAUGCUUGUAGUAAUCACUUUCCUAGUCUUCAGCAGUUAGUGAUAAGUAAGUGUCAUUGCCUUGCAAAAAUCCCAUCUGAAAUAGGGUAUAUACCCACACUACAAAUGAUUUAGGUCGAUUUGUGAAACUCUUCCCUUGCCAAUUCUGCUAGAGAAAUUAAAGAAGAACAAGAAAGCUUGGGAAACAAUUGGUUGCAGAUUAUUCAGUCCUACAACCAGUUUUAAACUAAGUGCUUAACUUGA